AUGCAAAAAUCUUGUCUCACUCAUAAAACAGACACGAUUACUGUUUGGUCUAAAAUUGAUCAUGAACUUAUUCCAAGUAUUAAAGCAUUGAAGGUUAGUUUAAAGCAACCUUGUGGUGUGCUCGAAACUGAUGAGGUGAUUUUAUUUGAAAGAACAACAUUUUUAGAGGUCGCUUGCCAAUCUGUCUUUCCACAUUCUGAUCUACAUAGAUAG